ACGCGAGGAUCUGUACCGCUGAGACACGCACGAGCUCGGGCUUCAGGCCAAUGGAAUUAAGCGCGCGCGGUGUGGAGUUCAGAGGCAGCGCGAGCGGACGCCAUGUUUCCCCGGUCUCCCGCUGUCCGGUCCAGGAUGUGCUGAACGAUUUCCUGAUCCUGGCCUAGAUGACCUUUAUGACGCUACGCUAUGGAAGACAGCGCCAGGAGCUGGUCUUCCCUGUAGGAUGGUAGCGCACGGCGCCGUGGAAGACACGUCAGGCACUUCAGCGGAUCGCCGAGCCCCGCUCUCGCACCCGGAAAACCGCACACACUUCCGUUCGUUCAGGAGCGAGAGUGACUUCAAGACCAUUGUCGAGACCACGUCCAUGCUGGAGGAGAGCGGAUUCUACUGGGGGCCCAUGACAGUCGAGGAGGCCCACCACAAGCUCAAGAACGAACCCGUGGGAACUUUCCUGAUCAGGGACAGCCAACAGAAGGACGUUUUCUUUGCGCUGAGCUACAGGGCGCCUUCGGGACCCAUCAGCGUUCGGAUACACUUCCAGAGCUCGGGCUUCAGUCUCAUGGGGAGCAAGAAGUCCUUCAAUAACCUCUUCCAGCUGCUGGAACACUACUCCAGCUCGGCAAAGCAGUGCCUGCAGUGGCCGUACAGGAGACAGCGGGUACGCUCGCUGCAGGAUCUCUGCCGCAAACGGAUUAUAGAAACGUGUGGAGCGCAGGCGAUCGAUCAACUUCCGAUCAAUCCGAUCGUCAAAGACUUCCUCCGCUCUUUUCCGUAUCGGCUCUGAAGGCUCGGACGCAUUAACGUACCGCUACGGAAAAAUAUGCUUGCCAUACUUGACGGCUCCAAACAGGCACUUUGUAGCACAUUUUGGAAAGACUUGAACACUUGGAAGUUUACGCCAAUCUUGAAUGUUUACACUAGCAUGCAGGCAGUCCCAGGGCUUCCUGCGAUUCUAUUUUUGCUAUGCAAAAAAAGUCUCUUGAUGUACCUGGAUUUCUCUACCAGUAUUUUUAUAAUAGUAAUAAAUGUAUUUUUAAACAAUUGAAAAAAA